ACGCCCUGAGAGCGGAGAUGUGUUCAGGUUGCAACGUUGUCACAGUUUGACCAGCGUCUUAGAAGCAGGAAGUGCAGCCAUGGCGCAGGGACUGAGGGAAAGGUUCGAAAAGUUCCUUCGUCAGAAGAACCUCAUGACGGACAUUCUCGAAAAAAUCGAGACCAAGACCGGAGUGAGCAGGACGUACAUCGCUCUUGCUGUCGUCGGGAUCAUUGCAGUGUACUUGGUCGUCGGCUACGGAGCGUCCCUCCUGUGUAACCUCAUCGGGUUCCUUUAUCCAGCCUACAUAUCGAUUAAGGCCAUUGAAAGUGCUACCAAGGAUGACGAUACUAAAUGGCUGACUUACUGGGUGGUUUAUGGACUCUUCAGUGUGGCAGAGUUUUUUGCUGAUCUCUUCCUCUCCUGGUUCCCAUUCUACUACAUCGGAAAGUGUGCCUUCUUGGUUUGGUGCAUGGCUCCGAUGUCCUCCAACGGAUCAAUCCAGAUUUAUACCCGCAUCAUUCGACCCUUUUUCCUGAGGAAUGAAACCAGGAUUGAUGAUGCGGUGAAGACACUCCAGGAUAAGGCAUCAGAAGCUGCUGACAAGAUCAAAGAUGAGGCCAAAAGAGCCACAGCAAACAUCAUGUUUGAGGAGAAGAAGAGCUCUUAAGGAGGCUUCCUGUCAACAGCGUCACUUUGUUCCUGACAAGACGUUCAAAAACCUUUAAACCUUUGUGUUCGGUACAUAAUCUUCACCCAACCUGUAAUAGACAUGUCCCUUGCACAGCGAUGACCUUAUGAACCAAAUAAAAACCAACCUGCUGAA